AUGUUGCAUACUGUUCACUCUACCAAGUUUCUGAAUGUGCCAAAAAUCUACCGAAAUUUUAAGAGAUUUCGUCCACUCUUUGUCGAUGAUCGUAUAAGCAGACGUCGUUUGGAAGAGAAGCGAGAUGACACAAUUGCACAGGAUCUACUUUUUAACGAUAGCAGUCUGUCAACAAAGUCAAGGACAACGUUCGAUCUUGUAAGAGCUUUGAUCCUUUUGAGGUUGUGUAAAAUUGACAGGCUUGUUGAUAAUGGAGAAAAGCUUGUAUCACUGUGCAAAAGUAUGUUUGGUAGCGCGUUUUAUGAAACAUUGAUGAAGGCUACAAUUUACAAGCAAUUUGUGGCAGGUGAAACAACAGAAGAUGUCAAAUCAGUCGCAAAGGAAUUAGGAAAACUGAACGUGAAUUGUAUGUUUUGCGUUCCUACAGAAGAUGUUUUGGAGGAUGACAUAAACAGCACUAAAAUCGCUGAUUUAGAAGAACAAUGCGAGAGAAAUUUACGUUCGAUGCUAAAUUGCGUAGAUUUGACAGCAUCACUUGGAAAUUUUGCACAAAGCAAGAUAACUCCAGUUAUAAGCGGAGACGUAAUAAACGAAAUCGCCGACAUGCUAACAGGAUAUAUCACAAACCAUGAAGAUCGACCAGUUCAUCUUGACGUGAAAACAUGGUCGAGGGCUUUAACAGCAAACGUUGAGCAACAUGAAAUACUCCCAGGAUUUGCCCGAACUACGAAAGAACACGUCAGAAACGGAUUACGAAGGCUGGGGAUUUUAGCCAGCAGAGCCGGAGAGACAGGUGUAAAGUUGAUGCUGGACGCCGAGUACAUACAUCUUCAAUCAGGAAUCGAUUUGAUUAUACUUGCUUUGCAGCAGAAGUACAAUCAACAAACGGCAGUUGUGUUCAACACAUAUCAAUGUUACCGAAAGGACACUCCAGGUCGACUACAAAACGACAUACAGUUGGCGCAAAAGUACGAUUUCAAGAUUGCGUGCAAGCUGGUUCGUGGAGCUUACAUGGAAUACGAGAGACAGCAAGCUGCUGAACAAGGUUACGACGAUCCGAUAUGUGAAAAUAUCGAAGAAACAGAACGCAAUUACAAGGAAGCCAUAGAUCUAAUGCUGACACAGGUGGCUCAAGACCAAGGCGAGGUGAUGAUAGCCACGCACAACGAAGAGUGUAUUAAGUAUGGAGUAAAACGUAUGAAAGAACUAAACAUUAAGCCCGAACAAGGCCACGUAUCGUUCGGACAACUUUAUGGCAUGUGUGAUCACGUGAGCUGUGAGCUAGGUAGUGCUGGAUAUAACGUCCAUAAAUCUGUCCCUUACGGUACUGUGGAUGAUUCUAUGUUGUACCUACUGCGACGAGCAAGGGAAAAUAAAGAUGUAAUGGCCAGAACGAAAAAGAAAGUUCGAUCCUCAUCAACGAAAUAAAGCGCAGACUUCGCAAGUCUGUAGGCCAGGCUUUGUAGAAAAACUUCUCACAACUAGUGGUGCCGGCUUAUGGGGUCUAAGUGGGAGGAUAAAUCCCUCCCCCUCCCCGCAUAAAAUUGCAAAGACUAUUGCCUUCAUUUGUAUAGUGAAAAAAUGUACGUAAGUGUAAUAGGAAAGAGCCAUUUUUGAGGAUUUUCCCCACCACACAAAAACCUUUGCCGGCACUAUUGCCACAACAGACGACUUAAAGAGCAAGUUGCUUACUGAGGGAAAGUGUUGUUCCUGAAACAUUUUUGAUUCAAUUUGGAACGAAAACAGUUUGCAACGCUGAACAAAAGUUGACUGCAUAUAAAAAGAAAAUUUCAUACAUUUCAGUUGCUAGUUCCAGGGACGGUGGAAGAUUACUCAUUGAAGAGGUUCAUAUUCAUGUCUGCAUGUUUUACUUUAUUUAGAUAAAUGAAUAACCCCCCUAAUUGUCAAUCUUCCGCACCUCCUGAUAUAAUAUCCUGAUUUUCAGACAAAACAGAUAUCUUUCAAAUCGUAAAAGCUGCUUCAUAACAGCUGAUUAAAUAGACAAGGUUCGAAGUUUAAUUAAAUAAGAUUGCAUAACUUAUAUAUGCUUUCGUCGAAACCUUUAUUUCUCCAUAGAAUCGACUUGAUUGCUGUAUAAUAGUACGAAGGAAAAUGUCUGUCGUAAAAUACUUAUAUCAAAAUAGAUUAACAAAAUAUCCUUUUA